AUGUUUAUCUUAGUAUCCGUUGUAAAUAUAUGUACAUAUAUACAUCUACAUAUGUUCCCAUUAAUUAGUACAUUUACCUCAAUAGGGUUGGGCGUCCUCAUGAAAGAUAAAGGGAAGGAAGGAAAAACGAUAAAAGCACAAAAUGUGACAUAUCAAACAUUUGAGAAAUACGUUGAGUCUUCUUCAUUCUUUUUCCUCGUCCACAAUUUUCUCAAUUCAUCAACGAUGAAAACGCUACUGCUGAUGAGCAAUAACAAUAGUAUAUCAGAGAUACCAAGUUUCUCAGUUUUAAAGAUACUUUGGAAAAAUGGUAUAUAUAUAGCGCACAUUUGA